AUUACAAAAGCUUAACAAACUUUUGUAUUGAAAUUAAAAUUAGUUUUACUGUUUUUAUACUGACCACGAUGCGUUUCUACUUGGUAGCAUUGCUCGCGGUGAGCGCUACGUUGUAUGUGGCUGAUGCCGGUCUACCAGACGUACUGAUCGAGAGGGCCCGGGCUAUAAUCGCCAAGGCCGAGGCCGACCUUAAGAUCAUUCAUGGCCAGGGCUACCAGCACCUGACCCGCCAGGUUCAGGCCGAGAUCGAGAAGGUCCGGCAGCUCGAGAUCGAGCUCCAGAAGCUGGAGAAGACCAAGGAGGUCGACCCGGCCAAGGAACUGGAGAUCGAGAAUCGGCUACUGGCCCACGAGAACACCCUGAUCCUCGAGAUCCUGAAGGUCCAGCAGAUUAUCCAGGAGGAGGUACGGGGUAAAACUGCAGAGGCACUUAUCGCCCACGCCCAGGGUCUUAUAGCGCACGCUGAGGCUGAUCUUAAGCGGCACAAGGAGUCCGGUCAUGUGGUCGCCGAAAUCGAGUCCGAGAUACUGGCGCUCCACCGACUGGUCCGAGAGUUGGAGACCCUGGAAAAGGGUAAACACGUGCCCCCGGAACAGGUGUUCCACAUCGAGAUCCGUAUGCUGCACCACGAGAAUAGGCUCGAGGUGGAGGUGCUCCGAUUGGACCAUGAGCACAAGUCGCUGACCCCCAAACUGCCCGACAUACUCAUCAAGAGAGCUCAGGCUAUCAUACUGAGGGCCGAGAUCGACAUCCAUCACCACAAGGGAAAGGGACGUCUGACGCACCUGAUGGAGGAGGAGGUCAAGAAGGUUAGGCAAACGGAAAUGGAGCUGUUGCUGUUGGAGCACGACAAGCACCUGGACACCGAGCUAGCGUACCACGUGGAAAUGGCCUUGCUGCAACACGAGUACUUCCUGAUCGAGGAGUCCCUGCGUCUGGAGCUCGAGCCCGUCCACAAGCCAGCCGCACGUGUAGGUGACCUCCCGGAGGAGCUCAUCAAGCGGGCCCGGGCUAUCCUAAUCCAGGCCGAGCACGACCUACAGUUCAUCCACGGCCAGGGCUACGAGCACCUGACCCGCGAGGUUCGCUCGGAGAUCGAAAAGGUUCGCCAAUUCGAGAAGGAGCUCCAGAAGCUCGACCAGUCCAAGCAUAUCGACCCCGAGAAGCAACUGGAGCUGGAGAACCGGCUACUGGCCCACGAAAAUACACUGAUCCUCGAGAUCCUGAAGGUGGAGCAGAUUAUCCAGGAGGAGGUUCGCGGCAAAACGGCCGAGGCACUUAUCGCCCACGCCCAGGGUCUUAUAGCCCACGCUGAGGCUGAUCUCAAGCGGCACAAGGAGUCCGGACACGUGGUCGAGGCUCUCGAGCACGAGAUUAAGGCACUCCACUCGCUGGUCAAGGAGUUGGAGACCCUGGAAAAGGGUAAACACGUGCCCCCGGAACGGGUGUUCCACGUGGAGAUCCGUAUGCUGUACCACGAGAAUAGACUGGAGCUGGAGGUGCUCCGAUUGGACCAAGAGCACAAGUCGCUGACCCCCAAACUGCCCGACAUACUCAUCAAGAGAGCCCAGGCUAUCAUACUGAGAGCCGAGAUCGACAUCCAUCGCCAUAAGGGAAAGGGACGUCUGACUCAUCUGAUGGAGGAGGAGGUCCAUAAGGUCCGGGCGAUCGAGAUGGAGCUGUUGUUGCUGGAGCACGACAAGCACCUGGACACCAAAAAGGGAUUCGAGACGGAAAUGGCCUUGCUACAGCACGAGUACUUCCUGAUCGAGGAGUCCCUGCGCCUGGAGCUCGAGCCCGUGCCCGCCCCCGGCGGUGCCCGCGUAGCCGGACUACCGGACGUACUCAUCCAGAGAGCCCGGGCUAUCAUCGCCAAAGCGGAACAGGAUCUACAGUUCAUCCACGGCCAGGGCUACGCGCACCUGACCCGCGAGGUUCAGGCCGAGGUCCAGAAGGUCCGCGAGUUGGAGAAGGAGCUCAUCGCCAUGGAUCAGUCCAAGCACGUCGACCCGGCAAAGGAACUGGAGCUGGAGAACCGGCUACUGGCCCACGAGAACACCCUGAUCCUCGAGAUCCUGAAGGUCGAGCAGAUCAUCCAGGAGGAGGUUCGCGGCAAAACCGCCGAAGCGCUUAUCGCCGGCGCCCAGGCUAUCAUCAAACACGCCGAGGCCGACCUCAAGCGGCACAAGGAGGCCGGGCAUGUGGUCGAGCAGAUCGAGCACGAGAUUAAGGCCCUCCACGAGUUGGUCAAGGAGUUGGAGACCCUGGAGAAGGGCAAACACGUGCCCCCGGAAAAGGUGUUCGAGGUGGAGAUCCGUAUGCUCACGCACGCCAAUCACUUGUCGAUGGAGGUGCUCGUGCUGGACCACCAGCACAAGGAGUUGUCGCCACGAUUGCCCGAGGCACUUAUCCAAACAGCCCGAGCUAUUAUACUGAGAGCCGAGAUCGACAUCCACCGGCAUAAGGGUAGGGGAAAGUUGGUGCACGUGAUGGAGGCCGAGGUGUCGCACGUGCGGGCCCUGGAAGUGGAGCUUUUGUUGCUCGAGAAGGGCAAACACGUGGACACCCAGAAGGGUUUCGAGAUUGAAUUGGCCUUGCUGCAACACGAGUACAACUUGCUGGAGGAGUCCCUGCGACUGGAACUGGACCCCAGCGUCAUAGUGGAGAAAUCCGCGGCACCCGAGCCCACCCUCCCGGAG